CUCACGAUUGGACAUAAAGAAUGAAAUUAUUGAUUUAAAAACUAAGAGAGAUUAGUUAGAAGAAUAAAUUUCUCCUUUUAUCAAUAAGAAUGACACAGUUAUCUUUGACCUGUCUUAUCCACACCAAAAUGUAGCAACAUUUAUUAGAGAUGGAAUGUAGCCCCAAACUAAAAAGAUAAAAAGAGGUCCAUAGAUAGAGAUGUCCAAAAAAGUGAUCGAACUAGAAAAAGAUACACGAUAGCUUAAACGAUUGGCUUAAAUUAAACAACAAACCACAAGUCUCAAUCACCUGAGAGUAACCAAACUAGAUAUUUCUUGCAUGCUUGCCUUACUAUAUAGUGAAGUAUCUAUAUUAAUAAAAGAAGCCCAAUUCUUUAGACAAGUUUCAAAUAAAUUAAUAAAACUCUUAUUUCUUAUCCCCCAUCAAUAAAGUUAUGGAAGUAGCAGAAGAUGGUAGUCCAGUUGAGUGUUCAAAGAAGAAGAGUCAUGAAGAUGGUAAAAGGUUUAGUGAUGAACAAGUGAAGGUACUUGAGUCCAUGUUUAAACAAAAGACAACGCUUGAACCUAGCAAGAAGCUUGAACUGGCCAGAGAUCUCGGGCUGCAACCACGGCAAGUUGCGAUUUGGUUCCAGAACAGAAGGGCAAGAUGGAAAACAAAGCAACUAGAGCAUGAAUAUAGACGACUCAAAGAUGAAUUCGACAAUUUAGCUAUUAAGUUUGAAUCGUUGAAGAAAGAAAAGGAAUCUUUGCUCAAGCAGUUACAGGAACUAAGUGAUCAGAUGGAAAACAACCAUGCUGGUUGCAGCAGAAGCCAAGAUUCAAUAGACAGUGAAAUCUAUACAAGCUCAGAAAAUAUAGAAGCAGAAGUAGAUGUGAAGGACAAUAUCCCAGGUUGCAUAAAUACGAGUUUAGACCACGAGAGGAUUAAGGGAGCAGAUAGUGACAUAGAAGGAACACUAUUUGAACACUUGAGGUGGAAGGAAGAAGAAGAGUUUUGGAACAUGGAGGAAUUAGGAGACAGUUCCUUAGGAUCACCUGAGCACUGGUAUGCUGUAGGCCCAGGUGAUUCCUUCGACCUGUCAUGUGAAAAUUCUAAGUGGUGGGAAUUUUGAACUCAACAUAUACAUCAAUACUUUCAAAGGAGUAAACAGGUGAUCAAACUUCGAUCAACAAAAAAGUUUAUGUUUUCUUACUCACAUUGAUGGAGCCAAGGUUGUGUGCAGAGAAUAGGAGGGACUUCAUUCCCAGUUGAUCUUUCUCCCAUUGUGCCGAGAAUCUGGAAGGAGCUUGCCAAAAUGAUUUGCAAGGAAAACUAGUAGCAUAACAUGAGAAAGAGAUACACUAGCCUUUCUCCCAAAAUGUCACAGUGAUGUUUCUUUCUUUUGAUAAUGGAUAUAUAUAGCUUGUAAUUUAGUUCACAAGAAAGAAAUCAGUGUAUAUAGGGAUUCUAUGUGUAAUCACAAUAAAAUAAAAUGGAUGUGCCAUAAUCAAAAGUCAGGUCUUAAUUUCGA